UCCACAGUGUCUGAGUCGGGAAUUCAUCGAACAGUUAGCGAGCAUACUUACCCUGGCCCGCUUUUGUAUGGUGAAAACGUAGCUCUGCUAUUUGGUCAUCAUUAGCUUGGAAUCCAAGUCCUCAUGGAGAUAAGUCAAUGACUCUCCUCUUGACUUUCCUUAGUAUUUGCAUCGAUCCAACCCUACUUUUCUUAUCUGUAAUCAUGCUUUACAUUUGCAUAUGACAUUUUGUUUUGGGUUUUAAACUGAAGACUAACACUCAAAAGACUCAAAAUUAAAGUUCCCAUUUCCAUUCUUUUCCUAAAUAAUUACAAUGCAGAAGGCAUUCACACAAUUUCAAGACCACAAACUAAUCAUCAAAUACUUAAAAAAAUUUCAAUUAAUUAGCUUUCAGUCUAUAUCAUAAAUAUUUAGGUGGAAUUGGCCUCUUAUUCAUCAGUCAAUACACAGAAGAAAAAAAAUUGUUUACAUUUGUGCAUAAAAAAAAUUGUUUGUCUUAUAUAUAGAAGUAGCUUCCUCGUUGUGAUGUAGUACAGCCCGUAGGUUUAGAGUAAACACUUGAGCAAUAGAACAGAGAAGAAAUAAGGGAUCGAAGAGAAGAAUUAGAGAUCGAAGAGACGAAGGGAAGGGGAAGGAAUCAGAGAGUUCAAAGUAAGGAAAUUUAUCAUUAAUCAAGUCUGCCUUAAAAGAUUACAAACAACUCUAUUUAUAGAGGCAAAACCCUUUUUAGUCUAGGAAAAGGGAAAGUAAACUUUAAGAAAUAGGAAAGCAAAUUAGCUAAUAAGAGAUCCUUUAACAAGAAGGAAUCUUUAAGAAUUAGGAAAACAAAUUAACUAAUAAGAGAUCCUUUAACAAGUAGGAAUCUUAAGAAUUAGGAAAACUAAAAAUAGGAAAACUAAUCCAAGUAGAAUUAGGAAAACUAAUAAUAUGCAUUCUGCAUCACGUUGACUUGACCUCAAAGACAAAAAGCACAGAAGAAGCUUCCUUUGGAGUUGGAUCUUAUGUAUAAAUCGUGGCUGCUGGGGCUUUUCACUUUGAUCAUCUACCACCCACUUUUCUUAUCGUUAUUUUGUUCUCCAUUUGCAUAUAAUACUGGGUACUAGACAAAGAUCGAGUGCUUCCAAAUGGCUGCUAUAAUAGCCCAGCUGGAUGCUUCUUCCACCUUUUACCGGUGCACUUAUGAUGUGUUCUUGAGUUACAGAGGCGAAGAUACACGCAAGGGGUUUACGGAUCACCUCUACAGGGCUUUGGAGCAGGCUGGAUUCCACACCUUUAGAGACGAUGAUGAGAUCAAGAGAGGAGCAAAUAUUGCAGCUGAGAUACAGAGAGCAAUACAAGAAUCACAAGUAUCGAUAAUUGUCUUCUCGAAGAACUACGCUUCCUCAACAUGGUGCUUGGACGAACUUGUGAAGAUCAUGGAACGUAGAAAAGCUGAUGAUGGACUCAUGGUGAUGCCAGUUUUCUAUGAUGUGGAUCCAUCCCAUAUUAGGAAGCUGACUGGUAGUUUUGCAAAUGCAUUUUCUGGACAUGAAGAGCACUUCAAGGAGGACAUUCACAAGGUGGAGGAGUGGAGAAGAGCUCUUAGAGAUGUAGCAGAUCUGGGAGGGAUGGUCUUAGGAGAUCGGUACGAGUCGCAGUUUAUCCAAAAUAUUGUUGAAGAGAUUGAAAAUAAACUGAAUCACACAACACCGAACAUUGCUCCCCAUCUGGUUGGAAUAGAUAAUCGUGUGCGAGGCAUAAACAUGUGGUUGAAGGAUAGAUCAAAUGAUGUUGGUGUGGCUGUUAUCUAUGGGAUGGGUGGAGUUGGCAAAACCACCAUCGCCAAAGCUGCUUAUAAGCAGAACUUUGAUAAAUUUCAAGGUAGCAGCUUUCUUCCAGAUGUUAGAGCAGCUUCAGAACAACCUAAUGGUUUGGUUUGCUUGCAAAGAAAACUUCUUUCGGAUAUCCAAAAAGGGAAAACAAAGAAAAUAUACAGCAUAGAUGAAGGAAUGAGCAAGAUCAAACUUGUUGUGCGUUGCAAAAGGGUUCUUAUAGUCCUUGAUGAUGUGAACCACUCUGAGCAAUUCAAUGCAAUUCUUGGAAUGCGAGAAUGGUUUCAUCCAGGAAGUAAAAUUAUCGUAACAACUAGACAUGAAAAUCUGUUCAAUGAUCAUGCAGUUCAUGCAAUGUUUAAGGUUAAAGAAUUAGGUGAGGGUGAAUCACUGGAGCUUUUCAAUUGGCAUGCCUUCAAACAAGCGCAUCCUAUCAAAGGUUACAUGAACCUUUCAAGAUCUGUAGUACAACACUGUGAAGGCCUUCCACUAGCUCUCCAAGUUUUGGGAUCUUCUCUAUUUGGAAAAAGUGUAGAUCUAUGGCAAAGUGCAUUACAGAAGUUGCACGUGAUUCCUGAUGACAACAUUCAAAAGAUUCUUAGAAUAAGCUUUGAUUCUCUAAAAGAUGAUCAUGACAGGAAUUUAUUCCUUCAUAUUGUCUGUUUCUUCAUAGAAAAGAAGAUGAGUUAUACAAUUACAGUACUAGACAAUUUAAAUUUUUACACAAGGAUUGGAAUUCAAAAUCUAGUUGAUAGAUGUCUAGUGGAAAUUGAUGUAGACAACAGGUUGAUCAUGCAUCAAUUACUUAGAGACAUGGGAAGGGCAAUUAUUCGUGAAGAAUCAUCCGAGGACCCGGGAAAGCGUAGUAGAGUGUGGCAUAAAGAUGCCUCUGACGUUUUGAGAAAAUUAACUCAGGGAACAGAAACUAUUAAGGGCCUCAUGCUCAACCUUCCUAGCGAGGCAAUAUUUAGUACAAGUAACCAAAACCGGUGCCUUGUUGAAGACUUUGAUGGAAAUUGUUCAAGACGACGUCGACUUGGUUACUUCUCUUGGAUAUCAAUUAACUCUUCCUCAACAAAUUCAGCUGCUACAUCAAAUGAGGUAGACUUCAAGGCAGAGGCAUUUAGAAGAAUGCACAAUCUUGAACUGCUCCUGCUCGAUAAUGUAAAAGUCAGUGGAGAUUAUGAAGAUUUUCCAAAAAAAUUAAUAUGGUUGUGCUGGAGAGGAUUCCCUUUAAAAUCAAUACCAGAAAAAUUUUAUUUGGAAAAUCUAGUUGGUCUUGACCUGCGAAAUAGCAGCCUACAGCAUGUUUGGAAGGGAACCAGGUUUCUUCUAGGACUGAAAAUUCUUAAUCUGAGUCAUUCACAUAGCCUUGUGACAACCCCCGACUUGUCAGGAGUCCCUAACCUUGAGAAAUUGAUUCUUAAAGACUGCAUAAAUUUGGUUGUGAUUGAUGAAUCCCUUGGAAACCUAGAGAAACUCAUCUUCUUGAAUCUAAAAGACUGCAGAAGUCUCAUGAAGCUUCCAACAAGAAUUAGCAUGUUGAGAUCUCUUCAGGAACUUGAUCUUUCUGGGUGCUCAAAGCUUGUGCUUCAUACCAGUACGACUGCUGCUAAUCACUUACACUCUACAACUAGAGUUAGGAAGAAAUUAAAUAUGUUGUCAGAAAAAAUAUGGCAAUCAAUAUGGUCGUGGACGUCAUGGGUAUCAACAAGAAAUAAGCUUGAAUCAGCCAGUUUGUCCAUGGAAAUCUGGCCACAUUGCUUAGGAACCUUAAGUCUGGCUGACUGCAAUCUGUCAGAGAUUCCUGGUGAUCUUAGUAUCUUGUCCUUGUUGAAGCAUUUGAAUCUAAGUAGAAACCCAAUUCUGAGGUUACCAGAAAACAUGAACGGUCUUAUUAUGCUCCGGACUCUUGAGAUACAAGGUUGCGCAAAGCUACGCACUCUACCAAAGCUCCCACAGAGUCUAAAAAAAUUGCAUGCAAGUUAUUGUACAUCACUGGAAAGAAUAGCGAAUCUACCAAACAUGUUUGAAUCAUUGGAUUCAAGUUUUUGGAAAUGCAAGAAAUUAGUUGAAGUUCAAAGCUUGUUCGAUAUAAAACCGUUGAAAAGGGUUGACAUAGAAAUGAUCAGGGAUAUGGGCCCGUUUAAUUUGGAAUCCACAGGUGUAAGUACUGAGGUUGAAUUUGAAAUGACCAACUACCUGACAUGUACAACAAGGAACGGGGCCCUCCAGGGACUGUAUGAAUGUGGCAUAUUUAGUAUUUUCGUUCAUGGAAACAAGAUUCCAGAUCGGUUCACCUACAGGAGCGUGGGUAAAUCUGUUUUGUCUAUCAUUCUACCUUCACAUUUUAAUCUCAAGAUCCGAGGCUUAAAUAUAUGUGUUAUGUAUUCACGCUGCCCAUUUUGGUUUAGUAGUAGAAACUUUCUUAAAGUCAGUAAUGAGACCAAAGGUCUUAAGUGGACCUAUUGCCCAGUUGCAGCAGGUCUCCCAAAAAAGAACCAAGACAUGCUAUGGCUAAGCCACUGGCGGUUUGAAAAUGAUGAAUUGGAGGAAGGAGAACAAGUACAUGUUUCAAUAAAUGAGGAAUUUAGUUUCUGGGCAAAGGAGUUCUGUAUCCAGCUUGUGUACGAGAAGGACCCAUCAAAUAGUGAAGAUAUAAUAAUCCAACAGGAAACACCUCCUUCGAGCCAGAUUGCUGCUGCUGGAAAUGUAUCAGCAUCAGCGUCUAAGUAUCAAUUCUGGACAGGCAAAUACUUUCUAUGUAACCAUCGGGCUCGUAUUCAUCAACAUCAAUUCUCUAGGAGGCAGACGAACCCAUCUUAUCUUGAACAUUACAAGCCCGAGACGGAUACCUUUCAUUACUUAUUUGAUCAAGAAGUUCAUCCUCAGGACAAUCAUUCCAUCUAUUCGGAAGAGAAUCUUAGACUGCUCCACACCUUUUAUAUAUGACAUUCCAACAGGAAGCACCCAUUAUUUCUCAUUGUUUUUGUCUUUGUUUUCUUCUCCCCUUUCAUAUAAUAGAAACUGCAAUGUAUAAGUUCUUUUUCCUCCACUAAUUGCGGAGAUAACUUUUACAAGUGUGGCAGCUAUCAUGCAUUCUUGAGUUUCAGAAGCCUUCAAUUGUAUGCUAUUGGUCAAGGGAUAAGAAAAUGGAUGUUGGAGGAGUGGACUUUACUAGUA